CAUCAACUGUUCUCGUAAACCACAUCUCUACGUACACGAUGUCUUUGGCAAAGAUACUUACCCUAGCUGCGGUGCCGACAGUUCUGGGACUUCAGCUGCCUGGUAGUGUCGGCAAACUACCAGCAUUAGGAUGGAACUCAUGGGCACGCAUCCUGCAAGCGGCCAAUGCCAUGAAAGACUUGGGUUUCCAAGCCGCCGGCUACGAGUAUGUCAAUUCGGAUGACUGUUGGUCCGAGAAACAAGGCCGAGAUGCUGUAACGCAUCAACUGUUGCCCAACAUGACCAAAUUCCCUCAGGGCAUCAAGGGUACAGCAGACAAGGUGCAUGACUUGGGCUUCAAGUUUGGCAUCUACUCGAGCGCAGGCACCAUGACAUGUGGUCGCUACCCAGGCUCAAUUGGCUAUGAAGCCAUUGAUGCAGAGACAUUCGCUUCCUGNGGGGUUGACUAUCUCAAGUACGACAAUUGUUUCCCACCAGAAGAGUGGUAUGACGAUUGCUUGUCUUGCGAGCCGGAUCCAAGCUUUUCUCCUACUGGUAUUGUCAAUGGUACUUGCUCAAACAGCACACCACCUGUCAACCACUAUUCGUUUACUCGCCCGAUUCCCAUCUGUGCUGAUGGAUGGCCUGUCGAUGGUAUCAAUUACACUGCCAAGUACACCGCGCUCAAGUUCCGUAUCAUGGGCAAUGCUUUACUCGCACAGAACAGAACCAUCCUGUACAGUCUGUGCGAGUGGGGAGUUGAUCUACCUUGGACUUGGGGCAACAGUACAAGUCAAUCAUGGCGUAUGUCCAACGACAUCAACCCCUCAUGGAGCCGCAUCCUCCAAAUCCUCAACCAAAACUCUUUCCUCUCCGACUACGCAGACUUCUACGGCCACAACGAUGCAGACAUGCUCGAAGUCGGCAACGGCAAUCUCACAGACGCAGAAGUGCGCUCGCACUUUUCGCUCUGGGCAAUGAUGAAAUCGCCUCUCCUCAUUGGCACCGAUAUAAUAAAACUCAGCGAGCACAAUAUCGGUGUUUUGCAGAACAAGGCACUGUUGGCCUUCAAUCAAGACCCAGUCUACGGAAAGCCUGCUGCGCCGUACAAGUGGGGUAUCAACCCGGAUUGGACUUAUAACACGACUUUCCCAGCUCAGUAUUGGUCUGGAGCGAGCUCUAAUGGGACUAUGGUGGCUCUGUUCAACCCGCUGAAUGAGACGGUCGAGAUGACUGCUGACUACGGUGAGAUUCCGGAGCUUGAUUCAGGGGGCUGCUACCAGGUUUUGGAUAUCUGGAACAGCACAGACCUUGGAUGCAAGGAGAAGAAGGUCACCGUGGAUGUCGCUCCUCAUGAUACAGCUGUGCUGCUAUUCGAGCAUAAGUGU